AUGGAUCGUCCUAUUGAUGAAAUCGUGAAGAACCUUCUCAAAUUCGUUGUUAGGGGAUUUUACACCGGAACCUAUGUCUUAGUUGUAGAUGGUAUUCUUUUCCACUCUGUGCUUUCAGAGGAAGACUUGGCGCAUUUGCUUGGAAUCAAAAGACCUGAGCUUCGUGGUUUGCUCACAAAGCUACUCGAGGAUAGAAUGAUUGCAGUGCACUCCCAGCAAGAGUUUCACUUCAAUACUAGAAGCAUUAAGCGGUAUUAUUACUAUAUCAAGUACCCACAGGCCAUCGACGCCAUCAAAUGGAAAGUUCAUCAGAUUGUAUCAAUGCUGAAAGAUGACCUGGACAAGAACUCUGCUCCCCAGGGCUACAUGUGUCCCGUAUGUCACACCAAAUAUUCGCAGCUCGAAGCCGUCUCAUUGCUAAACUAUGAAAAAACGCAGUUCCUUUGUAGCUUGUGCGAAGAGCCCUUGGUGGAAGACGACUCGGGCAAAAAAUCCAAGGAGAAGCAAAUGAAGCUGAACCGGCUCAUGGACCAGGUACAGCCUAUAAUCGACUAUUUGAAAAAAAUUGACGAUUCGAGAAUCGAGGAGAAUACCUUUGAAACUUCACUGGCGAGAUUGAUCCCACCGCAAAACAACUCCGUUGCAUCAUACACCGUGAAUCCAAGAUCUAAGAAAAGUAAAAUGUUUACCCCGGGGGACAACACAAACACUGCCCUGGACAACGCGAGCAGCAGACGUGCCGGCGCCAAGUCGCAGGCCACUUUGCAUGUUAAUAUCACCACCGCGAGUGACGAGCAAGUCCGCAGCGAGCGUCAAGAAAGAGAGAUGGAAGAGAAAAGAAAGCAAAAUGCCUUGCCUGCCUGGCAUGAACAGAGUACAGUUGGAAAAGCUGCUUUGGGCAGAUUGGACAAUGACGACGAGGUUGUUUCGGUACCUCCACAACAAAACAACGAUGAGCUUCAAGAGUUGAACGAUGCAGAGGAUUCAAAUGCUUCUUUCACCAAUGUGGAAUACACAGAACCAGCACAACCGCUGACGCAAAAGGAGAUAGAAGAGAGGGAGGCCGAGAAAACUUUGGCAGACUACUAUGCUCAAUUGGCUAAAAAACAAGCCAUGGAAGACGAAGAAGACGAAGGCGAAGAAGGCGCAGAAGAUGGGGACGAUGGCAUGGAUUACGACGUAGAAUUUGAGGACGUGAGCAGUGAAAACGAAAUCGACACAGAAAAUGGGAAUGGCGUAAAUAACGAUGCCGUUGUCAAAGACGUCAACUCUGGAAAUGGAGAGCCAACACUAAUCGAAAAGGGCUCAAAUGAUGAUGGUAACCAGGACAAGAAAACGGAAACAACCAAGGUUGAAGAAAUUGAGGACGAAGACAUGGACGCUGAAUUCGAGGACGUCUAA